ACGGCCCAAGGAAAGAACAGUUAAGUAUUUUCUAGAACAUGUUCGAAAUUCUAAUUGUACUGAAAUCCGUAUCGCUCUCGAUAUUUCAAGAAUUUGCAAGAUCAUUCUGAUCACCCAUAUAAAUACGCGUGCUUCUUCAACCAAAUCCCGUCAAAAAUUAGAAACCGAGUUAUCAAAUCAACAAGUUCAUCAUCCACCCAGUAUUAUUUUUUGCAGAGAUGUCUCUGAUUCCAAGCUUCUUUGGCAACGGCCGCCGGAGCAACGUCUUCGAUCCAUUUUCAUUGGAUGUUUGGGACCCAUUUGAGGGCUUCCCAUUCUCCUCAGCCGUCACCAAUCUCCCUUCCUCCGCCAGAGAAACAACCGCGGUGGCCAAUGCUAGGAUCGACUGGAAAGAGACGCCGGAGGCACACUUGUUCAAGGUGGAUGUUCCCGGGUUGAAGAAGGAAGAAGUGAAGGUUGAGGUUGAAGAUGGCAGUAUUCUUCAGAUCAGCGGAGAGAGAAGCAAAGAGAAAGAGGAGAAGAACGACAAGUGGCACCGUGUGGAGAGGAGCUCCGGCAAAUUCAUCCGCAGAUUCAGGCUGCCGGAGAAUGCUAAAUUGGAGGAGGUGAAGGCGGCGAUGGAGAAUGGGGUGCUGACUGUGACUGUGCCCAAAGAGGAGGUGAAGAAGCCUGAGGUCAAGGCGAUUGACAUCUCUGGUUAAUGUUUGAAUUUUAUAUUUCAGCAAGUUUUGGUUUGUCUCGUUGUAAUGAAUAAUGAAUAAUGUUGGCGUAUAUUUGGGAGCGUAUUUCUAUCCGGUUUUGUGCAAAGUGAAAUAUCACUAUGUAUAAUAGAAAUUCCGGAAUAAAGCCCAACUAGUAAAUAACAAAUUACAUUUUGCUUUUCACAUUAA